AUGGAUCACGCCGUGUUCAGCUACAUGAACCAGUCGCACAGCGGUGUCCCGCCACCGCCAGGGCUUCAUCACUUCCCACCCGUGGCCCUGCACGGCCGCGGGGCCCUAGAGCGAGUGCCCUUCCCCGACAUCGCCGCCUCGUGCCUCGUGUCCUCGGGGUUUGUAGCCAGCGAGGGCGCAGGACUCACGCAACAACACCAUCACAGCCAUCAUCCGCAACAACAACAGCAGCAGCAACAGCAGCAGCAGCAGCAAUUGUCCGUGUGGCAUCAUCAUCAUCAGCAGCAUCAGCAGCAGCAGCAUCAGCAGCAGCAUCAGCUGCGUCAGGCGUCGUCGCACUUCGCGGCUGCGUCCACUCUGCACGCGGUCGCCCCUGCCGCUGAGCAGGCGGUCUCCUCUCCCACGAGCGCAGCCUCAGCGGGGGAGACCUCCCCGCGCCUGGCUGCCUGCAGCCUGGAGCCACAGCAACAGCAGCAACAGCAGCAGCAACAGCAGCAGCAGCAGCAGGAGCCGCAGCAGCAGCAGCAGCCGAACGCGUCUGAGUGCGGGAAGAAAACUGCCGGCAGGAGGAAGCCCGUGGUGGAGUCUUCUGUCCGCGACGCCAGCCCGGGGGAGUCGGAGCCGUGCCCUCGCAGCGAAGCGUCGGGGUCCCGACCCCGCAAGGAGCGCACGGCCUUCACCAAGGAGCAGAUCCGCGAGCUGGAGGCCGAGUUCGCUCACCACAACUACCUGACGAGGCUGCGCCGAUACGAGAUCGCGGUCAACCUCGACCUCACCGAGCGGCAGGUCAAGGUUUGGUUCCAGAACCGGCGCAUGAAAUGGAAGCGCGUGAAGGGCGGCCAGCAGGGAGCCUCGGUGCGCGACACGGAGUUGGCGCACGUGCGGAAAGAGCAGCUGCUGCCCGCGGAGCUGCCCGGGCCCCGGGGCAGCCGCGACAGGGGGGCAGGGCGCUCCACCGAGGGCAGCAGCCCCCCCGAGAGCGGCGACGACGACUCCGACUGAGAGCGCGGCAGGGCCUCCUUUCUUCUGACUCCCAACUGGAGCAGCGAGUCCGCCCACGUGUCUGUUCUCCGUCAUCCGUGAAGAAGAAGAAGAGCGGGAGAGAUGGAGGGAGAGCGGGAGUCAUCGGGAGAUUCACUGCGACACGACUGAGACACACGGGGAAGAAACAAAGACGCUGAGACCGAGAGAGACACCCAGCAUCAAUGGAAGAUAUAUUGAGACACACACAAGACAAAGGGGAAGUUAUAGAGAACAGGUCGGAAAUGGUGAUGCACGCCUCCUGAACCAGCGCUGUGGAGUCGAAGGUCGGUGGAUCAAAUAGAGAUGCGCGAAACUGCCGUACGCGCUGCUGAACUCGGGAGGUGGUCAGGAAAUGGCAGUACAGUAUUAAAGCGAGUGGAUUGAUGAACCCAUCUGUGCGGACCUUUGCACUCUAUCUCCUCGUGUGCGUGAUGGGGGAGGGGGGGGGUUAUUUCCCCGGAUAGUCGAGCGUCCGUCCUCUUGCGAAGAUACACCACGCGUUGAGAAGGAACUCGCCCAAAUGAUCCCACACAAUGCCGCACCUCCUUCUCCUCUCAAAUACUCUUGAGACACAGGGAGACUUUCCCGAGAUAACCCAAAGGUAUUGUUGCCGUUACGGACUGAGAGCGAGAGAGAGAGAGACAUACUUUUAAACCACUUUUAUUGCCGCCAGCAGCAACAGCACUGGAGGCGAUUCCGAUAUGAAAUACACAAAGUUACCGGCAAACAAAUGAAAAUAAACGCUA